UAACUCUGAGUUUUAAUAUAGGAAAUCUUUGCUGCUGAAUGUUGGUCUAGCUGGUAGUGUUGUUUAGGAGGCACCCCUUCAUGCCAGCAGCUGGGAAGAAUGUAAAAGUCACACAGAGGUUUCUGUUAGUGGGGGUGGGGAAGCAAGCCUUCAGAAUGAUUUUUUUCAUUUACUUAAUAUUUCAGACACCAAGUUAAAUUCCUUUGAUCACUUCACCUAAUGCUUCAAGCCAAGCUCAGAGAUCAGAGCAUUGGUUGUAAAGUGUGGUGAAAUUGCUACAGAAAUAAGCUGUUGAAAGGAAUAGUAGUAAGGAAGGAAGCACAAGGCACACAAGACAGAAGGGCUAAAUGAGAGAGAAAGAGAGGCAGAGAAGGGGAAGUUACAGCAGCUAGAAAGGGGAGGAAGUGGGAGACCUGCUGCUUCCUGUAGACAGAAUGAUGAUUGAAGACAAAGCUGGGUGUGGACUCGUCUCUCAGGGCUGCUGCCUACACAGCUGGUAAGCUUGGAUUCUCCUGCAUAUUUAACCAGUUUUAAGAAGAGAAGAGUGAAUAUCUGCUUUCAAUUUAAUGACCAAGGCUAUUAGUGAAGUUUGUCGUCACCACCCUUCCAGGCUGUACAUUGCAGAUAAUGUGCUUGCUGUGUGUAAAUAAAACGUCCUUGGGCAGAAAUUCACAGGGAUAGACUGUGACCUACGCUAACUUGGUGUCGAGUGGGAUUUCCGACCCUGAGUGUCAGUUUCAAUGGCACCCGACCUCCAUAGAAUGCAAUGCUGUGACUUCAGGCAGGCCCAUUGAUGACACCUGAUAGAAAUCUAGAUCUAGGUUAUAUUGAACUAGCUGUCAGAAGAAGAGGAAACUAAAAACGGAUCACAAAGAAACCCAAGCCCUCAGAGAGAACAUAAUACCACAUUGAGUAUUUAGAGAUCAAAUGGCUAGCAACAACACAACAGGCAUAGCACAAGCCAGAAAGAUGGUGGAACAACUAAAAAUGGAAGCCAACAUUGAUAGAAUAAAGGUAUCCAAAGCAGCAGCAGAUUUGAUGGCUUACUGCGAAGCCCAUGCUAAAGAAGAUCCUUUGCUGACACCAGUUCCUGCAUCAGAAAACCCCUUCAGAGAGAAGAAGUUCUUUUGUGCUGUCCUGUAAAGUCUCACACAGCCUGAAAAUCAGGCUGUUCUGAACAAUGAUGUUGAAUUUUACCAAUGUGGACACCUUUCUGUCCACAGAAUUUUUAGCAAAGCCUGGAAGCUACAGGGAUGUGCAUGUUUAAAGAAUCUUGUCAGCUUAUUGGGAAUGGAAGCAGAAGACCUACCUUGUGAAAAUAGAGAUUCUAAAACAGCUUAGAAUGAAACAGUGUAGAGAUGUGUAACAAUUUUGCUCUUGCAAAAACCAUAAAUUAUGUUUGAUAGUUUAAUGUCUAAAGUAUGACAGUUGUUCUAAGAAAGGUAAAUACUGAGGAAAAUGUAUAAUUUUAUUGGAAUGAUAAUUGUUCUUCAAAAUAAUUUUAAUUUAAGUGGCAAAGUAUACAAAUAAGAUAGAUUACUGUGGUGUUGUACCUUAACAUUUGGUUAUGUGCUUUUUGCAUUAGAGUAGCACAAUGAUAUGCUGGACUUUGCUUUGAGAGCUGAUUUUCAAGGAAGAGAAAUGUUACUAACAAGCAUUUUGGCAAAUGGAGUGUCAUUUGCAAAACAUCAAAGCUGGCAGCUUGUGUAUUUUCUUAAAAUCUUAGUGCUCCUCCAACAUUUGUGUAUAGUUGCUUAUAGUUUCUGCUAGUACAAGUAACACAUGCUAUUUAGUGAUCCUAAUAUUUGUGAUAGCAACAAAAGAAUUGCAUGGAAGUGUUCCAGCCAUUCCCCUUUUAAUUUUAGUUUAGAUGAUCGAAAAUGAUGCAAUGUAAAUAUAUAGAAUACAAGGUUUUAAUUUUAAAUUCUAACUGUUAAUGAAGCACAGCCUAUUUCUUAACAGCCCUGUUCUCUCACUAAUGCUUGUGAACACUAUAAGAAAUAUGUGUCAUUAAACCAUUUAUAUAAACAGUUUAUACCAAAAUAAACAUUGUAAUAUAACAGAUGUUUUACUGGAAGUAAAACUUGCAUGCAAACAAUAGUACAUAGACAUACAUGACAAUGUUUGAAAAGCAAGAUCAAUUGUCAAUAAAUAGCUUUGUAUACAAGGAACUUAAAAAAAGACUAGAUGACAAAAUUUUCUAUUUGUUCAUAAGUUUAACACAAUCAAACAGUUUUAAAACCAAAAGAAUUCAUCCCUUAAUACAAUCUUUGUUUUUUUUAACCUGGCUAAAACAGUAGUUAAGUUUAUUGGACAGUGUAAUGCGCAGAUGAACAAACAGGUCUCAACUUCUGUGAAUAAUCAGAUAAUUUUACCUCCGACUGUUUCACCGCCUUUUAACAAACCUUUUUGAUAUUUUCAGAUAUGUAUUUUUACUCAAUUGCUAACUUUCUUAGAUCUGCAUGUACUAACAUUUGCCAUUACACUGUCAAAACAAGCCCGCUGCUUAAUUUCCAGUUUAAAUCAAAGGAGUGAUUUAUCAUAGUAUUAGACCCGCAUUAGCACAGUAAAGACAGAGUUAUCAUUGAACAAACUGAUACAUUAACCAAAGCAACUACAUUGAAAACAUUACAAUCUAAGAAAGACUGACAUGUAUGACUAUGGCUUGUUGAGUCUAAUUUUUCUCUAAAUUGUGUUCAUGGCAGCAGUGAGUUGUAGUGCCUAAAUGAAUCUACAGGAAUGCUAUAUCUGAUAGUGAGAAUAAAAGGGAUGUGUGAAUUUUCUUAAACUGAGUGCAUUGUAAAAAUGUGUAUUGUAUUUCUGGUUGUCUACCCUUGUUAGCUUUGUAUAGGGAAACUUGAACAAAGUCUGAUGUAUUGCACAUUUUCAUGCCAUGUGAACAAUGUAUCAGUUUUAAAUAAAAUCUUCAGAACAUUUCACUUA